CCCCUCCCACACCUCCUGCGCGGAUGGAUACAGCCCCUGGGUGUGCAGCUCAAGGACAGCCAGCGAUGCUGAAGUUUUCAAAAAGUUUCUGAAGUUUGGAGACGCUGUUUCGGGGUGGGGGGGAUUGAACCGAGGAUUGCGCCGUGAUUUCGCCACCCCAUCCCCCAAACCAGGCGUAUUCUGUUCUUUUAUUUUAUUCCCCCUCCCUCCUGAUCUUUCCUAUGAUAAUUCGGACUUUCUGGGCUGCACGUUUGAAUGGAUGUAUAAGUUAAUCGAGGGGAGCUCCGAACUUUGAAACGGCGAGUAAUGGGGGAUUUAAAACUCUGGAAUUUACUCUGGGGGCUCUGGCUCGCGGCUGAAUGUGGAGCUCUGCAGUGUCGGGAUAACCACCGUCCUUGUGUGAAUAAUGGACGCUGCAUCAAGAGCCCGCAUGGAGAUGCAUCUUGCCUAUGUCGGCCUGGUUACCUUGGGGACUUGUGCCAGUUUCCUGACCCAUGCCAAAGGACACCAUGUUUAAACGGAGGAAUAUGUUCCAGUUCCGUAGUUGGUGGCACCACACAGUAUACAUGCAGCUGUACACGUGGGUUCCGAGGUGCUAACUGCUCACAGAUAGAUGCCUGUGCUACCAGCCCAUGUGCAAACGGAGCUCGCUGUACAAACUGGAACAACCGCUACAACUGUACAUGCCCACCAGGAUUCAGUGGGAAGCACUGCCGCACAGACAUUGAUGAAUGCAAAGUGCCCAACCUCUGCAAGCAGGGAGGCCUGUGUGUGAACACCCCUGGCUCGUUCCAUUGCCAGUGCCCAGCUGGCUUCACAGGGCGCCAGUGUGAGAGUAUCUACGUCCCCUGUGCCCCCUCACAAUGCCAGAAUGGAGGGACCUGCCGGCAAACCGGGGACCUGACCUACGAAUGUGCCUGUUUACCAGGUUUUAAGGGACAGAACUGUGAAAUUAACAUAGAUGACUGCCCUGAUCACAAGUGCAUGAAUGGAGGAACCUGCGUUGAUGGUGUAAACACCUACAACUGCCAGUGUACGCCAGAAUGGACAGGUCAGUUUUGCACAGAGGAUGUAGAUGAGUGCCACCUGCAACCCAAUGCUUGUCAUAAUGGAGGAACCUGCUCCAACAUACCUGGCGGCCACACCUGUGUAUGUGUCAAUGGCUGGACGGGAGAUGACUGCAGCGAGAACAUCGAUGACUGUGCCACUGCAGUGUGCUUCAACGGAGCCACAUGCCAUGAUCGGGUGGCAUCCUUCUUCUGUGAAUGCCGCAUUGGAAAGACAGGCUUGCUAUGUCACCUCGAUGAUGCCUGUGUCAGCAACCCAUGUCAUGAGGGGGCUAUCUGUGAUACCAACCCAGUGACUGGCCAAGCCAUCUGCACAUGUCCCUCAGGAUUCACAGGACCAGCCUGUAAUCAGGAUGUUGAUGAGUGCUCAAUAGGUGCCAAUCCUUGUGAGCACUUUGGAAAAUGUGUGAAUACUGAGGGCUCAUUUCAGUGCCAGUGUGGAAAUGGAUACACAGGCCCCCGCUGUGAGACUGACAUCAAUGAGUGCUUGUCCAUGCCCUGUCAGAAUGACGCUACCUGCCUGGACCGAAUUGGAGAGUUCACGUGCAUCUGUAUGCCUGGAUUCAAAGGGAUUUACUGUGAGACUGAUAUUAAUGAGUGUGAAAGUAAUCCCUGUGUGAACAAUGGUAAAUGCAUGGAUAACGUGAAUGGCUUUGCCUGCAAGUGCCCCUCAGGCUUUACCGGAUUGAUGUGUCAGAUUGACAUUGAUGAGUGCGCGAGCACUCCCUGCCAGAAUGGAGCCAAGUGUGUUGACAGGCCCAACGGGUAUGACUGCAAAUGUGCAGAAGGCUUUGAGGGGAAGUUGUGCGAGAGGAAUAUUGAUGACUGCAACCCUGACCCCUGCCAUCACGGAACCUGUACCGAUGGCAUUGCCAGCUUCACAUGCCAGUGUGAGCUGGGCUACACCGGUUACCGCUGUGAGAAUCAGAUCAAUGAAUGUCAUAGCAACCCGUGCCAGAACUCUGGCAAAUGCAUUGAUCUGGUGAACAAAUACCUUUGUCAUUGCCAAGAGGGAACUUCAGGUGUCAACUGUGAGAUAAACCAUGAUGACUGUGCCAGCCAACCCUGUGAUUAUGGGAUCUGCCAGGACGGUAUUAACCGCUAUGACUGUAUCUGCAAACCAGGCUUCACAGGCCCGCAGUGCAACCUGGAGAUAAAUGAGUGUGCGUCGAACCCUUGUCAGAAUGGCGGCACCUGCAUCGACGGUGAGGAUGGAUUCUCUUGCCUCUGUCCAGAUGGUUACCACGACCCUCUGUGUUACUCUGAAGUGGACGAAUGCAGCAGCAGUCCCUGCAUUCAUGGGACUUGUCACGAUGACGUCAAUGGGUACAAGUGCGACUGUGAGGCAGGGUGGACAGGAAUGAAUUGUGAUAUCGACAAGGUUGAAUGUGAUUCCAACCCCUGCCAGAAUGGAGGCAGCUGCUCUGAUCUGGUGAAUGGCUACAUUUGUAAAUGCAAAGAGGGCUUUCGAGGCCAGCACUGCCAAGUCAACAUUAACGACUGUGCGUCAAACCCUUGCUUAAACAAAGCAAUCUGUGUAGAUGGGAUUGCUCGUUACACUUGCCAGUGCGAGCUGCCCUAUACAGGACCUAACUGUGAGAAUGUGCUGGUUCCAUGUUCGCCCAACCCCUGUGAGAACGGUGGAGUUUGUGACCACACUCCUGACUAUGAGGAUUUUGUGUGUACCUGUACGGAGGGAUGGCAGGGACGGAUCUGUCAAGUAGAUGUUGAUGAAUGUGCAACCAACCCCUGCAAGAACCGAGGCUCUUGCACCAACACACUAGGAAGCUACAUCUGUGCCUGUCGACCAGGCUUUGCAGGACACAACUGUGAAACGGACAUCAAUGACUGUACUCCCAAUCCCUGUCUGAAUGGUGGUGCCUGCCUGGAUCAAAUUAACUCCUUUAUCUGUAACUGCCUGCCUGGCUUUGCAGGCACCCGGUGUGCCGAUGAGAUCGAUGAGUGCCGGAGCAGUCCGUGCCACAAUGGGGGCACUUGCACCGAUUAUGUCAACAGUUACACCUGUACCUGUAAACCUGGAUUUAAUGGCUUGCACUGCGAGAACAAUAUUCCUGACUGCACUGAGAGCUCCUGUUUCAAUGGAGGGACCUGUACAGAUGGCAUUAAUGAGUAUAGUUGUCAUUGCCGUUCUGGUUUCACUGGUUCCAAUUGCCAGUAUGACAUUGAUGAGUGUAACUCACAGCCGUGCCUGAAUGGUGGCGUGUGUGUCGAUGGGUUAGAGUCCUACAGGUGUACUUGCCCUCAUGGGUACACAGGUGACCGGUGUCAGAUCAGCAUAGACUGGUGCAGCAAGUCACCGUGUAAGAAUGGCGGGCGGUGUCACCCAAAAAGAACAUCCUUUACCUGUGAGUGUGCGAGCGGUUGGGCAGGACGUUACUGUGACAUUCCCAAUGUGUCGUGUGAAGUGGCUGCCAUACAGAGAGGAGUGGCUAUAACUCAGCUUUGCCAUCACGGAGGCUCAUGUUUCAGUGUUGGAAAUGCACAUCAUUGCAUCUGCCCCAAGAGUUACACAGGCAGUUACUGUGAGAACGAGGUUGACCACUGUGCCUCCAACCCGUGUCACAGUAGCGCCACCUGCAGGAGCUUCAUUGGAGACUAUGUGUGUGAGUGCAUGCCAGGCUACAAGGGGAAAACCUGCAAGCUGGAGGUGAAUGAAUGUGAGUCAAACCCGUGCCAGAAUGGAGGGACAUGCCUUGACCUGAUUGGCCGCUACAUCUGCUCCUGUCCACCAGGAACCCUGGGUGUACUUUGUGAAAUCAAUGAAGAUGACUGUGGCCCAUCUCCUGGUACAAACAUGCCCAAGUGUAUGAAUAAUGGGACAUGUGUGGAUAGAAUUGGAGGCUACACAUGUAACUGCCCUCCAGGGUUCACUGGUGAUCGGUGUGAGGGCGACAUUAACGAGUGCCUGUCAAACCCUUGUAAUCCACAGACAACCAUCGACUGUGUCCAGCUACCUAAUGAUUACCAGUGCAUGUGCAAGCCUGGCUUCACAGGCCACCAGUGCCAAAGUGUCAUCAACAUGUGCGAAUCUCAACCCUGUGAGAAUGGGGGCCACUGUAAAAUUGCAGUCAAUACACCACUUGGUUAUACCUGCAAGUGUCAACCGAGCUACACUGGGCCAAAUUGUGAGCGUAGCAUUCUGACCUGUCGAGAGCUGACCUGCCAGAACGGUGAGCUGUGCACUGAUUCUCCGCUGGGAGCCCGUUGUACCUGCCCACCAGGGAUUGCUGGCCUGGCCUGUCAACUUCCCACCUCCAACCACAGCUGCAGUAGUCGGCCUUGCCGCAAUGGUGGCAUCUGCCAGGCCACCCGGCAGCCUCCCUUCUACCAAUGUCUGUGCCUGAAGGAGUUUGGCGGGAAACAUUGUGAGGUGUUGAGGAGGUACCCCUCUCCUGCCAAGGAGACGGCCUGCUCCAUCCGGGAGUGCCAUAGCAGGGCGGGCGAUGGCUACUGUGACCGGGACUGCAACACGCCCGCCUGCCAGUGGGAUGGUGGCGACUGCUCGCUGUCCGUUGACGACCCCUGGAGGGAGUGCAGCGUUCAGGAGUGCUGGCGCUACUUCAACAACAAUAUCUGUGACGAGUUCUGCAACAGCCGUGAGUGUCUGUACGACAAUUUUGACUGCCAAAGCCAAGAGAAGACCUGCAAUCCGCUAUAUGAGAAGUACUGUGCUGAUCACUAUGCCGACAAACUCUGCGACCAGGGCUGCAACAACGAGGAAUGUGCCUGGGAUGGUCUGGACUGUGCCCCCGAUGUGCCUGAGCACUUGGCUGAAGGGACCCUGAUUGUCAUUGUGCUGCUGCCACCUGAUGAGUUGUUGAAAAGCAGCACCAACUUCCUGCAGAAACUGGGCUCGAUCCUGCAUGCCACACUGCGCUUCAAACUUGACAGCAAUGGGCAGGUCAUGAUCUACCCAUAUUACGGUAGCAGCUCCCAACUCAAGAAGCGGUCAGCACCACUGGGCAGGGUGACCCGGGAACUGGAACAGGAAAUCAUUGGAUCAAAGGUGAACCUGGAGAUCGAUAAUCGCCUGUGUGUCCAAGGAGCAGGUGAAUGUUUCCCAACAGCAGAGAGUGCGGCUGCUUACAUUGGAGCUUUGUCUGCAGUGGGCAACCUGCACUUCCCCUAUCCCAUCAAAGAUGUCGAUAGUGAGCGCCUGUCACCGCCACCACCCCCAAUGAACCUGCUGCCAUUAAUGAUUGUCGCUGCAGUCAUUCUCACCGUCAUCCUGAUCCUCGGCGUGCUGGUGGCAAGACGCAAGAGGGAGCAGAGCUUGCUGUGGUUCCCAGAGGGCUUCACCCUUAAGAAAGACAGCAGCAACAAGAACAGGCGUGAGCCUGUGGGGCAGGAUGCACUGGGGAUGAAGCACAUCUCCAAAUCCAUGGUGGAGGAGGGUCUGAUCAGUGAAAGAGACCUCCAGACUGAACAAUGGCUGGAUACAGAGUGCCCCGAGGCAAAACGACUUAAGGUGGAGGAGCCAACCUUACUGUCAGACAAUGAAGAUGCUGUUGAUUGUCGGCAAUGGACACAGCACCACCUAGCAGCAGCAGACAUCCGAAUGCCACCUUCCAUGGCCCUAACCCCGCCUCAGGGCGAGUUUGAUACUGAUUGCAUGGAUGUGAAUGUGCGCGGCCCAGAUGGUUUCACCCCGCUGAUGCUGGCCUCUUACUGUGGGGGAGGACUGGACACAGGCCUGACUGAGGACGAGGAGCAGGAGGACUCAUCUGCCAACAUCAUCUCGGACCUGAUAUACCAGGGGGCUAACCUCUGCGCACAGACAGACCGAACCGGAGAGACUGCCCUUCACCUGGCUGCCCGUUAUGCAAGGGCAGAUGCCGCCAAGCGACUCCUCGAUGCUGGUGCCGAUGCCAAUGCUCAGGACAACACAGGGCGCACACCUCUCCAUGCUGCAGUCGCUGCUGAUGCUCAAGGAGUCUUCCAGAUACUGAUAAGAAAUAGAGCCACAGACCUGGAUGCGCGAAUGGCUGAUGGUUCCACUGCUCUUAUUCUUGCUGCCCGUCUUGCAGUGGAAGGAAUGGUCGAGGAACUAAUAGCGUGUCAUGCUGAUGUCAAUGCUGUCGAUGAGAUUGGUAAAUCAGCCUUGCAUUGGGCUGCAGCAGUGAACAAUGUUGAUGCUACUGUGGUCUUGCUGAAGAAUGGCGCCAACAAAGAUAUGCAGGACAGCAAGGAGGAGACGCCACUCUUUCUAGCUGCCCGGGAGGGAAGCUUUGAAGCUGCCAAGAUGUUGUUGGAUCACUUUGCCAACCGGGACAUUACAGACCACAUGGACCGCUUGCCACGGGACAUUGCACAGGAGCGGAUGCAUCAUGACAUUGUGCAGCUGCUGGAUGAGUACAACGCUGUACGGAGCCCUCAAGGGCAAGGUGGGCACAUGGGCAGCCAUUCAAUGUCUCCCCUCAUGUGCCCACCAAACAGUUACAUGACUAACUUAAAGCAAACUCCCCAGGGAAAGAAAACAAGGAGGCCCAGCUCCAAGAAUUCAGGCUCUGGGAAUAAUAGCAACUUGACCAAGGACUCAAAGGAACCGAAAACAAGGAACAAAAAAUUGAGUCUGGAUUGCCAAGCGUCCCUCAUGGAAAGCUCGGUGACAUUGUCUCCAGUAGACUCAUUGGAUUCGCCGCGUGCCUACAUAACCAACCCUACGUCUCCAGUCAUGACGUCCUCUGGGAUCCUGCAUCCUGCGGGAUCCUUAUCUGUGCUCUCCAACCCCCCAGUGAAUGGUAUUCUGGAAGGUCCCUUCACUGUCUCCUUGGCCAGACUUGGUGAUCUUGGAGAUGCUGCUCAGAACACUGCCAUUUUAUCCAGGAACCACAUGCAGCCUCGUCUCUCAAUGUCACAAGUCACUGGCCAGCCUAACUGCCUCCUUAAUGCCAAUGGCCUUGGUGUUAAUGUUGGCAUGGUGAGCCCCAUCACCACUGUACCCUUUGAAUGGCAAACGAGGAUUCCCAGCUCACAGUGCAACUCAGUAAUCAGUGUUGUUCAGCAGACCGCUGGGUCACAUGCCAACUUACACCAGCCGAGUCAAGUCCUACAGCAUGGCUUGGUGCUACAGAGCCACAUGUCCAUGGGGAACGGACCUCAAAUGAUCAAUCAGCAGAGUCCAGUCAAGCUCCAAAACACAGUUGAGCAGCAGGCAAUCUCUCAAGCCCCACAAGCACAGCAGAGGUGUAUCCCUUCCACCACCAGCCACUCCAUUCAGCAGAGCUUGCUGAGGAGCGAGAUGGCGCGAUUAACAGACCACUGCAACCAGUCGAUUUCUCCUCAGGAAGCCCAGCCUCCGCAAGCCAAUGUACCGCCAUUUUACAAGCAGCACAGCAACGCUGCCACCGAGGACUACCUGACUCCCUCCUCCAAACACAGCUACACAUCAGGCCACGACAACACGCCCAAGCAUUACCUCCACCUGAAGAAUGAGCACCCUUACCUGACACCAUCCCCAGAGUCACCCGAACAGUGGUCCAGCCCAUCUCCACAUUCCAUGUCUGAUUGGUCAGACUCUACCCCCAGCCCGGCCAUAAUUGGACAUCAAGCUCAAAUGCAGCACAUGACUGAACAAGCGACCAAAAUGCAAGUUUUUGCAUAAAGUACAUCAUUCGUUCUUUUUAAAAAAACAAGAGAUGUCUCUAUAGGAUAUUAGGACCUGGGCUAUUAUUAUCUUUGUUACUGUUCCUCCUUUCAUCAUCUUAAAGUAACAGUCAUGAAGGAGCCAGCUCUGUUGUCAUCUUAGCUGGAUCUGCAAUGGAGGCCACCCCUUGGUUUCAAAUUUCAAAGGAAAGAUUUUGUUUUUUCUUUUUUCAGAAAGAACGGUGAGAAGGAAGGUGUUCAAUUUGUUCCUGUCUCAUGAUGGUCACUGCCUUUACCAUGUGUUGUGAAUCAGCAGGGGCUGGUUGGUAAACUGUGGAGCCUGUUACAUUUUAUAUGUUUCAGCCCUCUUCAGAUAUAUGUGUCACUGAGCAUUAAAAGCCUUCUCUUCCUCCCCUCCGAAGUACUGGACUUCACCUGCCUCUUACUGGUUUGACCAAUUCUGGGGAUUCUGGGUGAACCGUUGUACCUUCAGUUUCGCCAGAUUUUUGGCUGCGAGUGCCGCCACCGGCCAAUGAGGAUCCUGGGAAAUUACCUCAGCAGAAUUUGGACAGGAGGACACAGAUGCUGCCUUUACUGAGUACGGUGUACUCCACACUACAUUAACUUAGGCUGUUACAGUAAGUUCCAUCUCUCUGGGACGCCAACAUGGCCUGAAGGCUUUCAUCUGCAAUCGGUAACCAUUCCAGAAUAACUGGCACUAAUUACACCUUCCCCCCACCACUGCUCCCUCCAGCCCAAGGAGAUUGUGUCUCAAGCAACACAAAAGUUAUAAAAGACUUGUCCAAACCAUUGAAGCCUCAAGUGUAGGGACAUUCUAUCAUUUCAUUAUAUAUAAAGUGAUUAAUAUGGGAUUUUUAAAUACAAUUUCUUUCUCUCAUGCUGUUUGUUUUAAUCCUGAAUAAGCUUUUCUAAAACUUACUGCCACUGGAAAUUGUGAUGCUGCCAAGAAUAUCAUUAUAUGUUAUUUAACUGUUUCCAGGUUCAAAGGAACACUGUUGUUUGUUUUUGUAAUCGAGUUCUUCCGCUACAGGAUGGAAGCCUGAGAGACGCUUCCGAGAAUUCUUCACAUGUCGUAGACAUGGCAGAGUGCAUGUCAAGGCUCUACUUCAAAACCUAACCCAAUCUAAGCAGAGAGUAGCAGAACAAAGCUCACUCGAGCAGCCGGUUUAAAAUUGUCUAGGCUGACAUCUAGACAGCUCCCUGAUUACUUCACUUACUGCCCAUGCUUCAAAAUGUCAACCGGUUUACAGGUUCAUGCAUGCCUUAAUGCAGAGCUCCUGCAUCAUGUUACUCUUAAUUUAUAUUGUAAUUUUUUGUUUCUUUUUUCUAAAGAAAAUGAGGAAUGUCAAAAUGUCUAUACUUUUUAAUUGGAUAUAAUUUGUUGAAAGGUCAUGUUGAUAAUUGCUCUAUAAGAGAAAUUGACUGAUUAGUACCAAUUAGUAAUUAUGAAGCCUGUUUAAAAAUUAGCUCAAUAACUAGACAUUAAGCAGAUAUUCGGUGAAUCAAUUGUGUCUUUGAAGAUUUAAGAUUUGGCUGAAGUUUACCAAUCAGAGAAAAUUGUUCUGGGCGCUUGUUCAUUCAGGACCAGAGCCCUAUAGUCGCAGGUAGAGCCUUGGAAAUGGGCUAUGCUGAACUUUUCUCGGGCAGGAACUUGAGUUCCAACUACAGCCAAUUCAGUUUAGAUUUCUGAAGCCUUUGUAAGUCAGUCUACUUGAGCCCAGUGGCUGAUAUUACGACAGCUAACACCUAAAUCUAAAAAGUGCAGGCGUAAUUCAGCUAGUCUGGAAGCAUCAGUGGAGAGAAAAACGAAGUUAGUAUUUCCAGUCUGGUAAUCUGCCUGUAUUGUUUUAAAGUCCUAUUUUAAUAACUUGCUAUAGUUAGCAACAGGAUUACAGACACCUCUUCUUUUUUGAAGUGGAGGAUCACUCCUGGACCUAAUGAUGCCCAGCAUUGAAAACCAAUGUUCAGUUUCACUGCCAGUUCUGUAGUCCUUCCCUCACGCCAAUCACAUUGGGGGCCGUUUUCACCAAGAGACAACAUGGUGCCAAUGAUGUUGUGUGCCACAGAGGUCUCAGAAGUGACCUUAGGUAAAGAGAAGUGGCUACAAUUGUUCAAGACAAUAGACGUUGCAGUUUACCUAUUUCCAUGUACAAGUGCCCUUCAGAUAGCAAUUGUCAAUGGAGUAUGGGUCAAAAGAGAUUGCAAAGCUUCUGACUGAGAAGAGUAUUAUAGGACCAGCCAUUUCAAGAUGUUAACAGAAUGUGGACAUCAUUACUGAAGAGGUUUUAAUUUUUGAGUAUUUUUAUUUUCUCUUCAUCUUCCCCCACCCCAUGCUAUCUCUGCACUAUGUACAAUGACCUAAAGGAAUAACACCUCAGAUAUUGGUCAGAUGAGAUACGUUUCACAGCAAAUUCAAAGGUUCCCAAUUCUGCUUGGAGGUAUUCCAGGAGGUGCCACCUCAUGUGACCUCCCAAACCUCUCUCCACCCUCCCCCCCCACCCACGCUCCUGCCAUUGAUCGCAGCACAUUCCUACUCUCAGGCUGCACUGCUUUUGACACACAUUGGGAAACUCUUUCUACUCACUGAUUAUUUAACUGUUUGUCAGCCAGUCCCUUGCUUAUUUCUUGAAACAUUUACCGGUAAAAACAAAGUUGAAAAUAUGAGAGAAAAAUGCCUUUUGUUUUCUUUUUCAUAAUGCUCAUUGGGAUUUUCUCUGCUUCGCUCACCAAGUAUCCUGGAGUUAGCCUUUAAUAUUUGGCUAUUCCAGGAUGGUCCUCAAUAGCUGACAAAUCUAAGUUUGCUCUGCUCACUAGCCUUGUAUUUACAGCAAGAAGACGUUGGGAAAAAACCUCACAAACUGCAACAAAGCAGCAUCAAACCCUGAGAUUAAAUGAUCCUAAGUUCCUGGGACCAGCAAAGACUCAAGAGGACCCUUAGCAACUGAAGAGGAUUUGUUUCUCUGUGUUGCUCACCUUCCCCUCCAGGUGUGCAGCUAUGUUUGGUUUUUCUAGCGCUGAUUUAGUUAGAAAAGGGAAACUUGAAGAAGACACGAGUUCAGUGGCUCAAUUGCGUCACAUUAGAACACCUAUAACAUUUAAUGGACUUGCCACUAUUUCUAAAUACAAUGCAGGAAUGAAAAUAACUGGACCUCUUCAGUUAGACCAAUGCAAAAUACAAAUGAUGACAGAGUUUAUUGUCUAUUUGAUAAGAAGAUCAGGCUUAUUCUAAUUUGCAUGUUGCAUGUUUGUCGGGUAAGCAAGGAUAAAAUCUUCCACUGCCUCACAUUCCCUUCCUUAGAUCAGGGAACAAUAUUUGCAACCUGCUCUCGCCAUCCGGUUUAAGAACAAAGGCUCUUCACUAGAUCCAAUAGCCAUUCUUUAGCAGCCUGAACCUCAAGUUGUGGAGUCAGAAAGCCAGUCUUGAAAUGAAUGGAUCAAAAAUCAAAAUCCAAAAUUUUUAAUAAAGCACUUGAGAGGUGCAUUGAACAUUGCACUUGUCCCUUCAGAAGAAUUUGACUUCUGAGGAGUGUAAGGCAGUGAAUGACUUUGGUUGGUAAGUGAAAAUUUUCCCUCUCCACUCUUAAGCGUGUUUCACAUCUUAUGAUUCAUGGGCCAGCCUUGCCCAUCUUCAAACCUGCCCGUCUGAGACGAAUGGUACUUAUGUACAAAUAUUGGAGUUGGGGAAGAAGCUGAAGAUUGGUCCCUGAAGGAGAAUGCAGGCUUGUCAUUAUGGUCAGCUCUGUUGUUAUCAAGAUUCAUUGCAAGCCUUAAUCACUUCAUCACACCCUGAGGUGAGGCCAGAAUUGGACCUUGUAUAUUUUUUAAGAAAAAUGUCUGAUUUUUAUUUUAUAAGUUACCCUGUAGCCCAUUCCCAAAGCCCCAGACAGUUGGUUAUCGGGGGUUGUGGGUUCAGGAGAGAAGAGGUAGGUGUUAAACCUAGAGAAGGAAUUAAGUUUCACAUGGUAAGUUGGGAAAAGGUGGAGU